CACGUUACCCGAAUUGGCCAACCGCCAGCGUGCAUCAUAGUCCAGGCCACAGUCUGCAGCUGCAAAAAUGUCCAUAUUGUGUCUGCAUUCCCAACUACAGGUUUUAGUAACUCCAUAGCUGCACUCUGAAAGGGAAAACAACCUUUUAGUAGUUGCUGCAACAUAAGUAGAAGAAGCUCUGAUGUGACAGAUGACUGACUGAGAGGAAUGGCAGGAGAAACCAUGGUGUCUGAUUAGACUGGCUGUGUGUUGGCUGUUCACUUUGUGGAAAUUAUGUCGCACAGUAACAGAGAGCUAGUAGAGUUCUUUGUAAGCUACAAGCUGUCUCAGAGGAACUACCCAUGCUCUCUGCUGAGGUCAGAGGACGCUGGUGCAAGGACUGAGGGAGACAAAGCCAACUCAGUCGCCAGCAACGGUGUGCUGGACAACAGGAGUAAUGGGGGCGGCCAGCCGGGGACAUUGUCGCACCCACGCGGGAACAUAGAGGCUGUGAAGUCAGCUCUCCGGGACUCAGCAGAUGAGUUUGAACUGCUUUUCAGGCAAGCGUUUAGUGACCUCUCUUCGCAGCUGGACAUCACUAUUGACACAGCCUACCACAGCUUUAAGAGCGUAAUGGACGAGGUGUUCAAGGACGGAUUCAACUGGGGACGUGUGGUGGGCCUGUUUGCCUUUGGUGGCGUGCUGUGUGUGGAAUGCGUGCAGAAGGAUAUGAGCGAGCUGGUGUCCCGCAUUGCAGACUGGAUGACCAUGUAUCUGGAUGAGCACAUCAGUCCGUGGAUCCAGAGCCAAGGAGGAUGGGACUGCUUUGCUGAGAUCUUCGGGCAAAACAGCGCUGCAGAAGCAAGGAGAUCUCAGGAGACUAUGAGAAGAUGGCUGCUCGUUGGAGUGGCGCUGCUAAUGGGAGUGCUGGUCGGUGUGGUCAUCAUUAAGAAGCGGUGAAGGUGCUGCAUCACGGCACCACCCUGUGUAAUGCUACGCCAACAAAAAUAAAACUAAAUAGUUGAUGUUUACAAAUAGCCCAGUCUGCUUGAGCACUGACACGAUGUGUAUUGGCUAAAAGCAGUUUGUGGGCGUGUCCAUAAUAUGUAGCUUGGUGAGCUGUCACACUUCUCACCCCGCUUUGUCCUAUGUCUUUUAUUUUAACACACACAGCAAAGAUUUGUAGUUGUUAAAGGGUGUGAAUGUCCAGGCUGGAAGUGCUUUGAAUUAACCUGAUAAGCUAAGAGACAGUGGAACAGAUUCAGCUGGUUUGAUGAGACUGCUUAUUUUACUUUUUAUCUCCUUUUGUGCGUUAUCCAAGGACCAAUUUUUAUUACCUACAAACUGACAGACAGAAUAUAAGUUAUACUUCCUUUUCACUGUGUAAUGUUCAGCUCCUUUUGUUGGCUGUACUGGAGUUUUAGGCAUGCUUCCAAAAAAUAAAUAUAUUUAUGUUUUA